GAUUCUUCGAAAAAAAAAAGGAAUCAUUAUUUGACUUCAAACUUCCUGGAACGUAAACAUCCUGCAAUUUAUAGUGCAGCCCUGAUUCCUGAAAACACUGGACUGGCAGUCUGCUGAUUUGAGCGUCAGUGGCUAACAAAACCAGAGGGAGGGCAGAGUGCAGACAGACAGCUACACACUAACAGCUAGAAGAACAGCUAGAAGAACAACACAAGCUUUUGAGUUACACAUUCAAUAUGGAAUAUCAGCAUUGCCUGACAGGAUAAUAGACACUGGCAGCAGGACAACAUUCUGGGGAACCGUACGAACCUCUUUUGAGCUUCGAUAUGCUGUUCUUCUGCAGUUGGUCAGGUUGAAUAUCACCAAACACCUUCAGGUUGAAGCUCCUCCUGGUAGAAUCUGAGGGGCGAUGGGGAACACAGCCAUUAAGUUCCGCAAGGCUCUGAUCAGCGGUGACGAGAGUCUGGCCUAUCAGCUGUAUGAGGGGAGCCCCCAGUUUAAAGAGAGCCUGGACCCCAACACUUCGUAUGGCGAACCCUACCAGCACAACACUCCUCUGCACUACGCCGCCAGGCACGCCAUGACACGACUCAUCAGGUCCUUUCUCUUCAGUAAGGACGGAAACCCCAACAAGCGUAACGUUCACAGUGAGACGUCUCUCCAUCUCCUCUGUAUGGGCCCCCAGAUCCUAAUGGGGGAGGGGGCUCUGCAGCCGCGGCUGGCCCGGCCUGAGCUGGACGAGAUGAAGAGGGCAGAGUGUCUCCAGAUCAUCCUGAAAUGGACCGGAGCCAAGCUGGACCAGGGAGAGUAUGAGAACGCUAACCUCCAUGCUACUGAUAACAAGAAGAAUACAGCGCUGCAUUACGCAGCCGCCGCAGGGAUGAAGAAGUGUGUUGAGAUUCUAGUAAAUAGGGAAGCGGACCUGUUUGCUGAGAAUGAGGACCGUGAGACGCCGUGUGACUGUGCAGAGAAGCAGCACCACAAGGAGCUGGCCCUCAGCCUGGAGUCUCAGAUGGUCUUCAGGGUGACCCCAGAGGGCGUAGAGACAGAGUACACUGCUCUGGACCACAGAGAGCUAUACGAGGGUCUGAGGCCUCAGGAGCUGCGUCGUCUGAAGGACAUGCUGAUAGUGGAGACGGCAGACAUGCUGCAGACCCCCCUCUUUACUGCUGAGGCUCUGCUCAGAGCGCAUGACUGGGACAGAGAGAACCUGCUGGAGGCCUGGAUGUCUAACGCUCAGGAAUGCUGCCAGCGGUCUGGGGUCCACAUGCCCAGUGCUCCUCCUAGUGGGUACAACGCCUGGGACACCCUGCCCUCCCCUCGUACCCCCAGGACCACCCGCUCCUCCAUCACCUCCCCUGAUGAGAUCAGCCUCACCCCCGGGACGACGACUGGGGGCAUCUCAAUAUGUGGUAUCUGCAUGUGCCCCCUCUCUAUCUUCGAGGAACCAGUCGACAUGUCAUGUGGUCACGAGUUCUGCCGAGCCUGCUGGGAAGGGUUUCUGAAUCUGAAGAUCCAGGAGGGGGAGGCUCACAACAUCGUCUGCCCGGCGCACGACUGCUUCCAUCUGGUUCCUGUGGAGGUCAUAGAGAGUGUCGUCUCCAGAGAGAUGGACAAGCGCUACCUGCAGUUCGACAUCAAGGCGUUUGUGGAGAACAACCCAGCUAUCCGCUGGUGUCCCAAGGCGGGGUGUGAGCGGGCGGUCCGUCUCUCAUCCCAGGGUCCAGGUAGCAGCUCCUCGGACCCUUUCAGUCUACCUCUCCUCAGAGCGCCUGCUGUGGACUGUGGCAAGGGACACGUCUUCUGUUGGGAGUGCCAGGGAGAAGCCCAUGAACCAUGCGACUGCCAGACAUGGAAGAUGUGGCUGGCUGAAGUUACUGAGAUGAGACCCCAAGAAUUGGCUGGUGUGAGUGAAGCCUAUGAAGAUGCAGCCAACUGCUUGUGGUUACUGUCAAACGCCAAACCCUGCGCCAACUGCAAGUCCCCUAUUCAGAAGAACGAAGGCUGCAACCACAUGCAGUGUGCUAAGUGUAAGUAUGACUUCUGCUGGAUCUGUCUGGAGGAAUGGAAGAAACACAGCUCGUCUACUGGAGGGUACUACCGCUGUACCCGCUAUGAGGUCAUCAACCAGGUGGAGGAGCAGAACAAAGACAUGACUGUGGAGGCUGAGAAGAAGCAUAAGGGCUUCCAGGAACUGGACCGCUUUAUGCACUACUACACCCGCUUCAAGAACCAUGAACACAGCUACCAGCUGGAGCAGCGCCUGUUGAAGACAGCCAAAGACAAGAUGGAACAGCUGAGCAGAGCCUUGAGUGGAAGAGACGGAGGCCCACCCGACACUACGUUCAUUGAAGAUGCGGUGCUGGAGCUGCUGAAGACUCGCAGCAUACUCAAGUGCUCUUACCCCUACGGCUUCUUCCUGGAGAUCAAAUCCACCAAGAAAGAGAUUUUUGAACUUAUGCAGACUGACUUGGAGAUGGUGACAGAGGACCUAGCUCAGAAAGUCAACCGUCCUUACCUCCGAACUCCCCGUCAUAAGAUCAUCCGAGCGGCCUGUUUGGUGCAGCAGAAGAGACAGGAGUUCCUGGCCUCCGUCGCCCGGGGGGUGGCCCCCAGCGACUCCCCAGAGGCCCCUAGACGCAGUUUUGGAGGUGGAACGUGGGACUGGGAGUAUUUGGGCUUUGCAUCUCCUGAGGAGUAUGCAGAGUUCCAGUACCGGAGGAGACACAGGGAUCGUCAGCAGAGGAGACAGAGAGGGGACAUUCCCCAUCUUGACGACCCUAGCGACAGCACUUUAGCAGACACACAGGAAAUGGGAGGUGGGAGAAGACGAGGUCCCCCCAUGGGCUCAUUGGAUGAGGACGAUCCCAACAUCCUAUUGGCUAUCCAGCUGUCACUCCAAGAGUCUGGGUUGGCGAUGGCCGGGGACACUCCAGAGUUCUUGUCCAAUGAGGCGUCCCUGGGGGCCAUCGGCACCUCCCUCCCGUCCAGAUUGGACGCGGAGCCCCAGGGGGUGGAAGUGGGGCCCCGGGGAGCCAUCAGCAGCUCAGAACUCCUGGAGCUGGAGGAUCGUGUCAUGAGACUAGGCAACAUGGGGAACAUCAGCAGCCAGCGCCUGUAUGAAGGGGUUCCAGGGGUCUAUGCCUUACACCACCACCCAUCCCAGCAGCACUACAGCAAUCACAAUCUCAACCCAUUCAGGGAGCCUUCUUCAGGUGAGGCUCUGUUCUCGUCCUCCAGUGAUACUACGGACUCCACUACCACCACAUCAACGGGGCUCCAGGACCCCUCACACCCCAACACCAACCUGCUGGGCAACAUCAUGGCCUGGUUCCAUGAUAUGAAUCCUCAGAGCAUCACCCUCAUCCCCUCCUCCACCAACACCACCUCCUCGGACACAGACCUAGACUUCAACACGGCAGCACAGACCACGGCCAACACAGCCUCCGUGGAGGAGGAUGUCCAAGCUGACCUCCACCAGCCCCGUGCCAAGCUCCAGAAAGGUGAGGGCGAGCUGGGGGAAGAUGGGGACUGUUUCCCUUUCCUUUCCCAGGGUCUGGAGGAGAAGGAGGCUGAGAGGGAGAGACCCACCCAUCUAGACCUUACGGUGGGGUCAGAGGUCAUGGCCCCGUCCUGCAUGGUGACUACCGGGACAGGGGACAGGGCCGGGGAGAGGCUCGCUGGGGGUAACGUCGUUCACGUAGACACGCCCAUGUGUGACUCUGUGACCUCUGACCUUUUGCCUAGCACCAGCUCUUCAGAAUGGGAGGAGCAGAUACACCUGGUCUGAUUGGUGGGAAAAUCUAAGUGGGAAGAAGAAGAUGCACCUGGUCUGAUUUGUGAUUGGAAGAAAAUUCCGAGUUGGUGGAGCAAAUCCACCUGUUAUGACUCUGAUUGGAGGAAACAUCUGAGUGGGAGGAGCAAACUCUCCUGGUCUGAUGGAAGACAGAAGCCUUCAGAGGGGUCAAACCACUGACAUGCAGAGAGAGAGAGAGGACCAAUCCUGACUGAGAGGGGACAGUAGCCAGUGAUGGUGUUGGAGGAAUUUAAUCCUGACUUGAUUGUAGUGCAGGAGGAGAUAUAUUAUGAUGGGAGUGUAUUUCUCUUUCCAGUGUUUACAAGUACACAUCAAACACUUGAUAGCUGGUCUAUACUGGCAUGAGAUGCCCUCCCGGGGGAAAGACGGACGGAGGACUGGGUGGAUUCCUAAAAAGCGGGAUGGAAGGUGUUUGAAUGAGUGUUAUUGGUAUUAUAUUACCCACAAUUGAUAUUUGCUGAUAAAAUGAUGAACAAGUUGCUUCUUUCAGAUGAUCUGUUUUAGAUUACAACAUGAGGUGAUUAUAGUGCAUUAUUAUAGUGAAUACACUUUGCAGGAGUUUUUGAUCUAGUAUUUUUUUUAUAUUGAUGAUUAAUAUUUUUAAGUGUUUUCCGCUGAAGUAUACUGUAUUGUGUUUGGACUUGGUUCUGAGGGAGGCUGUAAUCAGCUGUACAGGAGAGUUCUGAGGGAGGCUGUAGUCAGCUGUACAGGUGAGUUCUGAGGGAGGCUAUAAUCAGCUGUACCAUGGAAUUCUGAGGGAGGCUGUAAUCAGCUGUACAGGAGAGUUCUGAGGGAGGCUGUACAUGAGAGUUCUGAGGGAGGCUGUAAUCAACUGUACAGGAGAGUUCUGAGGGAGGCCGUACAGGAGAGUUCUGAGGGAGGCUGUAAUCAGCCGUACAGGAGAGUUCUGAGGGAGGCUGUAAUUGGCUGUACAGGAGAGUUCUGAGGGAGGCUGUAAUCAGCUGUACAGGAGAGUUCUGAGGGAGGUGUAAUUGGCUGUACAGGAGAGUUCUGAGGGAGGCUGUAAUCAGCUGUACAGGAGAGUUCUGAGGGAGGUGUAAUUGGCUGUACAGGAGAGUUCUGAGGGAGGCUGUAAUCGGCUGUACAGGAGAGUUCUGAGGGAGGCUGUAAUCAGCUGUACAGGAGAGUUCUGAGGGAGGCUGUAAUCAGCUGUACAGGAGAGUUCUGAGGGAGGCUGUAAUCAGCUGUACAGGAGAGUUCUGAGGGAGGCUGUAAUCAGCUGUACAGGAGAGUUCUGAGGGAGGCUGUAAUCAGCUGUACAGGAGAGUUCUGAGGGAGGCUGUAAUCAGCUGUAUCAUGGAAUUCUGAGGGAGGCUGUAAUCAGCUGUACAGGAGAGUUCUGAGGGAGGCUGUACAUGAGAGUUCUGAGGGAGGCCGUACAGGAGAGUUCUGAGGGAGGCUGUACAGGAGAGUUCUGAGGGAGGCUGAAAUCAGCCGUACAGGAGAGUUCUGAGGGAGGCUGUAAUCAGCUGUACAGGAGAGUUCUGAGGGAGGCUGUACAGGAGAGUUCUGAGGGAGGCUGUAAUCAGCUGUACAGGAGAGUUCUGAGGGAGGCUGUACAGGAGAGUUCUGAGGGAGGCUGUAAUCGGCUGUACAGGAGAGUUCUGAGGGAGGCUGUAAUCGGCUGUACAGGAGAGUUCUGAGGGAGGCUGUAAUCGGCUGUACAGGAGAGUUCUGAGGGAGGCUGUAAUCAGCUGUACAGGAGAGUUCUGAGGGAGGCUGUAAUCAGCUGUACAGGAGAGUUCUGAGGGAGGCUGUAAUCAGCUGUACAGGAGAGUUCUGAGGGAGGCUGUAAUCAGCUGUACAGGAGAGCAAUGCUGUGCUACCUGCUUCUAGUAGUGUUAUUAUCCCAAUAUAACAGUGUACAGUCUGACUGAGCAGAAAAACCUGCUCUCAGUCCCGUCCAGAUCUGCCUAAUGUAUCGCUAAGUUGUUAAGUGUCAAACACUGGCUAACAAAAGCACAGUUUUGUAAUCACCAAGUGGACUCCAAAACGAAUUGUGCCUGCUCAGAUCUAUUCCAUGUUGUUGUACUGAACCCAUUAGAAGACUGUCUGACUGACAGCCUGAUGUCAAGUAUUCAUGAAGAUGGACAAGGCUAGUAGCCCUGAAGGGACAAUAGAGAGGAACAAUCUGCUGCUGUUCACUCCAAUAGGAAAAUAACAGUAGUUAAAGAAGAAUUGGAAUCAGAUAUGUUCUUAGUGUUUUAUACCUAAUAAUGAUGUCACUGGUUCAUUCUGAACUAUUUUAGGGCUGCUUUCUCAGACUUACCCCUUGGUCCUGGACUAAACAUCACU